AUCUGUGUGUCCCUCAGUGUUAGAAACUUAAAAGGUGAAGAUGCUGAUGCUCUUCAACUGCAACUUCACACAUUUUCCCCAGGAGUCCCUUUUACAGCAGGCCUUGUGCCGCUUUAGACACCUCUGGACCCUGACUCCACAGGCCCACUUUAAUCACAAAUCCUCACAUAUCUAACACGUCUGAGAACCACUUCCUGCUCUCAUUUGCCCACAAGGACCAGCAUCCUGAUAGGCUGUUUAGUUCAAUAAACAAUUGAGCAAGAUAAAAUGACAGUAUACCUAACUGAAAUACUCUCCUGACCUGUACAUUUUAAGCUGUUCGUAAUAAAGCCCAUUACAGUUAUCUGAUGCGUUCCUAAUACUUCUUAGCAAGAUGACAUGCAUAAGGAGUCAUGUCAUUACACGGGAACUUUUGUUUUUCCGCUGAUGCCAUCAAGAGCGAGGGCUGGCAAUGGGAAGCUAUAUAAGCGGCACGAUUCAUCCCAAUCCUGACCACUCUUGAUUGACUGUGCUCACCCAGGAACGGUAGUACAUGUCCACAGCUUCUGCCCAUCAUGGUCCUGUUGCUCCAGGCAGCAGCAAUAAUCCUGCUGCUGGCCUCCCUGCCUGGAUCACUCUCUACUCCGUCUCAGCAUCUGUGCGGCUCCAACCUGGUGGAUGCGCUUUACCUUGUGUGUGGGCCUAGAGGCUUCUUUUACUCCAGCAGAAGCAGGAGGGACCUGGAGACUUUGCUGGCCUUGCUCUCAAAUUUAGCAGAUUACGAGGUAGCUGAGGCUGAUCCAUUAAAACAGAAGGUGAUGAUGAAGAUGAAGAGGGGGAUUGUGGAACGGUGCUGCCACAGGCCCUGCACCAUCUACCACCUGGAGGACUACUGCAGCGGAACAAGCUGA